AUGGCGCCAGGAGCACUCAUUGACUCGCCUCGCUCGUCCAUCUCUGGACCUGCAGAUACCUCAGGAGACAAGCGACUUCCUGUCACUCUUCUGUCAGGGUUCUUGGGUGCAGGAAAGACCACGCUUUUGGAGCACAUCCUUACCUCACCCGACCAUGGACUCAGAAUUGGCGUCAUUGUCAAUGAUGUGGGCGCCUUGAAUAUUGACGCAGCUCUCUUGACGACCCACGACGUGACCCGCAAGGAAGAGCAGGUGGUUGCUAUGCAGAACGGCUGUAUCUGCUGCACACUACGAGGUGACCUUCUAGAAGAAGUCGCCCGCCUAGCUGAGGAUAGCAAAGUGGACUAUCUAGUCAUUGAGAGCUCAGGGGUCAGCGAGCCCAUGCAGGUUGCUGAAACCUUUUCAGAAGAAUUUGCAGAGAUGCAUGUUGCAGCCGGUUACGAUCUCGAAGCAGAAGCUCAAGCUCAAGAAGGCGAACAGAAAAACAAGCGCCUGGCAGAAAUUUUGAAGUCAGGAGGCCUUUCCAAAGUUGCCCGACUUGACACUUGCGUUACUGUUGUCGAUGCAGUUAACUUUAUGAAGGACUUCCAGACAGCAGACUUCCUUAUCGACCGCCAAAUCGACGUACCUGAGGAAGAUGACCGCAACAUCUCUGAUCUUCAGGUCGACCAAGUCGAGUUUGCUGAUGUGCUUGUCAUCAAUAAAUGCGAUCUUGUCUCGAAGGAUGAGGUAAAUCGCAUCCGAGGCGUCAUUAAGAAACUCAACCCUGACGCCAAGAUUCUAACAACAACCAAGUCUCGACUCAAUCUGGAAGAGAUUCUCGAUACACGAUUGUUCUCUUAUGAGAAAUCCGCUCUUAGUGCCGGCUGGCUAAAAAGCCUGAACGAAGAGAUUAAUCCCGAGACCGAGGAGUACGGUAUUGGUACAUUUAUCUACCGAGCCCGUCGACCGUUUCACCCGGAACGUCUGUGGAACACGAUCAAAGACGUGUUCAUCGUAAUACAAACAGAGUAUGAAGCUGAGGAUUCCAUGGAUGUUGAUGGCGAAGAUCACAACGAGUCUCAAGAUGAGUCAGAUACCGAGAUGGACGACGAGGACCAGCCACAACUUAAUCCUCAAGCCCGUUUAGAGAGCAAAAUGAGAGACGAGACGUUCGGCCCGCUACUCCGAUCCAAAGGUUUUCUUUGGCUCGCAACUCGACCCAGAAUGUUCGGCGAAUGGUCGCAAGCUGGCGUUAUGCUUACAAUUUCUGCAGGCGAUUUGUGGCGUUGCGAAGCGCCUGAAUCAGAGUGGCCGAAGGAUCCGAAAGCCCGCGCUGCCAUUAUGAAGGACUAUGAAGGAAAAUGGCAGGAUCGCCGACAGGAAAUUGUCUUCAUUGGGCAAAAGAUGCGUUCAGGCGGUGAAGAACGUCUUCACUCUGCCUUGGACGCUUGCUUGCUGACCGAUAAGGAGUUCAAGUCUUGGGAGAAGGCCAUGAAUUCUAAGCACCCGCAGGAAAAGCUUGACGGGCUUUUCGAGGAUGGGUUCGAGGACUGGCCGGAGGAUCUCCAUGCGGAUCAUGGUCACGACCAUGCUGGGGGAGAAGUUUGUCAACUUUAG